UAAUGAUAACAAUUGCCGCCUUGACGAACACUUCUUGAAUGUCUUUCGUUCGAUUCGAAAGUAACGUGCUAUUAUAACGUGCUAUAAUAAAUUGUUCUAUAUAUCAAAAUUCAUUUUAUUAUUUUCUUCGGUAAAGUGAAGGAAAAAAAUGGCAACAGGAAAACUAGCUCUUCUAAGUGUCUCAGACAAGACCAACUUACUUCCACUUGGUAAAAAAUUACAUGAAAUAGGCUUAACUUUAAUAGCAUCUGGAGGUACUGCUAAAUCAUUGAGAGAAGCUGGACUUCCCGUUAAAGAUGUUUCGGAUAUAACUGGAGCACCUGAAAUGCUUGAAGGCCGUGUAAAAACUCUUCAUCCAGCUGUUCAUGCUGGUAUAUUGGCUAGGCUUACCGAAUCGGACCAAAGAGAUCUUGAAAAACAAAAUUAUGAUCUUAUCCAUAUAGUAGUAUGCAAUUUAUAUCCAUUUGUAAAAACUAUAUCAAAGCCUGAUGUAAAAAUUGAUGAUGCUAUAGAAAAUAUUGAUAUUGGAGGUGUUACUUUAUUACGUGCAGCAGCAAAAAAUCAUUCUAGAGUUACAGUUGUUUGUGAUCCAAAUGAUUAUGAAAAAGUGAUUAAAGAAAUAGAAACAUCUUCUGACAAGGACACAUCCAUUCAAACCAGACAAAUACUAGCAUUGAAAGCAUUUACACAUACUGCAGAGUAUGAUAACGCAAUCUCAGAUUUUUUUCGUAAACAAUAUAGUGCUGGUAUUUCACAACUCACUCUUAGAUAUGGAAUGAAUCCUCAUCAGAAACCAGCACAAAUAUUUACAACUUUGAAUAAAUUACCAUUAACAGUUGUUAAUGGUUCUCCAGGUUUCAUUAAUCUAUGUGAUGCACUGAAUGGUUAUCAAUUAGUGAAAGAAUUAAAAACUGCUUUGAAAUUGCCAGCUGCAACAUCCUUCAAACACGUUAGUCCAGCAGGUGCAGCAGUUGGUGUAUCAUUGGAUGAGGUGCAAGCAAAAUUAUGUCAAGUAGAUGAUCUUAUUAAUCAGUUAACACCUUUAUCUAUUGCUUAUGCUCGAGCAAGAGGAGCAGAUAGAAUGUCUAGUUUUGGUGACUUUGUGGCAUUAUCUGAUCCAUGUGAUAUCAUGACAGCUAAAAUUAUUUCAAGGGAAGUUUCUGAUGGUAUAAUCGCCCCUGGUUAUUCAGAAGAAGCUCUUCAAAUUUUAAAGAAAAAAAAAAAUGGUAGCUAUUGUAUACUACAAAUUGAUCCAACGUAUGAACCAUCUCUAAUGGAACAUAAAGUUCUUUAUGGACUUACAAUGGAACAAAGGCGUAAUGAUGCAAUUAUUAAUAAUCAAACUUUCCAAAAUAUUGUUUCUAAUGCAAAAGAAAUAUCAGAAACAGCUAUGCGAGACUUGAUUGUGGCAACUAUUGCUGUAAAAUAUACUCAAAGUAAUUCAGUAUGCUAUGCAAAGGAUGGACAAGUUAUUGGAAUUGGUGCAGGUCAACAGUCGAGGAUUCAUUGUACACGAUUAGCUGGAGAUAAAGCCGAUAAUUGGUGGCUUCGACAGCAUCCUAAAGUAGUUGGUAUGAAAUUCAAGAAAGGUAUAAAAAGAGCCGAAAUUUCGAAUGCUAUUGAUAAUUAUGUCAAUGGAUCUAUUGGAAAAGACAUGGAUGAAUCCACUUGGGCAGCUAUGUAUGAAGAAGUUCCUGAGAAACUCUCUGAAGAUGAUAAAACAGAAUGGAUUAAAAAAUUAAACAAUGUUGCCAUUAGCAGUGAUGCUUUCUUCCCAUUUAGAGAUAAUGUAGACAGAGCUAGACUGAGUGGAGUUACUUACAUCGCUAGUCCUGCUGGUUCUACUAACGAUGAAGUGGUAAUUCAAGCAUGUAAUGAACACAAAAUUGUAUUAUGCCAUACAAAUCUGAGACUGUUUCAUCAUUAAUAUGAUGAACCAUACUAUGAUGGGCCAUAUUAAAAUGAUUUUUUUGCAUUA